AUGAUGAACAACGCGCAGGAUAUGUCGCCGGAUUUCGUGUUGAUGCGCCUGGUGUCCGCGGCGGAGGAUGACCGCCUGGACCCGGAGAACGGGACCGUGCCGCCGGGCGGAGUGGGUCCGGGGCUGGGGAAGGAGGUGCUGGGUCCGGGGCUGGGGAAGGAGGUGCUGGCUCACAGCGGCGUCAAGGCGGGUCUGGAUCUCGGCGUCGAGCCUCCCGGGGGCCGCCUGAACAAAGGCCCGGUGCUCGGGCCGGGCACCGAGGCUCCUGCCGGCGGGCUGCCGGAGCGCAGAGUCCCGCUGCCCGCCCGGCCGCCGCCGCCGCAGAGCCCCAUGGAGGCCCAGGGCUUCGCUCCCAGCCCCGGCCCCGGCCUCCGGCCUCAGCUGCUGGUCUUCUCCAACAUAAUGCGGAACGAGGAGGGGAUUCUGGAGCUGGACCGACGGAACCAGCCGAGGGACGCGGUGGGUCUGGAGCCGAGCCCGGGCUCCGGCUGCUCCGGCCCGGCUGUCAACAACAACAGGCCCGGGGACGCGCAGCAGGAGCCGGGCUCCGGGUCCGCGGACCUGCGGGGAGCCGCGGAGCUGUGCCGCCGGCAGAGACUCCUCUCCACCCCGCCCGAGUGGCCCUUGUUGUCGGAGGGAUCCAGCCCUCUCUCCGGGGUGGAGUCCUCCUGGGGCUGCGGCUCCAGGGAUCGGGACGGGAGCGUGUUCGAGCUGGCCCGGCGCUUCGGGGAGCUGGGGGUCGGCGCGGUGCCCAAGAUGCUGUUUAAAGCCGGGGAGCUCCCGCAGUGCUCGUGUCAGGGAGCCCACGGGCCCGGGGGGGGGCGAGGGCAGCCCGGGGACGACCCCACGGAGACCAGCGAUGCCCUGCUGGUGCUGGAGGGGCUGGGCACCGGGGGCAUGGAGCCGUGCCCCGGGGAGGACGAGCCGGACGACGAGGCCGGACGCCGCGAGUUCCUGCUCCACAGGAAGAGGGAGAUCGUGCAGACCAUGUCCGGAGCUUUCUCCAUCAGCAGCUUCCAGGCGGAGCUGCGGCGGCAGGUGGAGGUGCUGGCCCCGGCCCGGGGCUGCAGCCUGCACGGGCCCGGGCCCGGCCGCCUGGCGCCGGGCAGCCCCGGGGACUCCGAGGUCCUGGCGCAGGUCUCAGCCGUGUCCCCGGUGCAGAGCUCCCCCUGGGCCGCGAGUCCGACCCUCAGCCAGGCCUCGACCCCCCGGAGGCGGCCGGAGCGCACCCCCCCGGGCCGGGCGGCCGGGCCGGACAAGAGCCUGAAAGUCCCGGGCAAGUCCAAAAAGGGCUCGUUGAAGAUCCGGCUCAGCAAACUGUUCCGGACUAAAAGCUGCAGCGGCUCCAACCACCUGCUGGACAAGAGGCCGUCGGUCACCUACUCGGUGUCCUCGGCCGGGAGCCUGGUGGACAUGGGGGGCUCUGCUGGAGCCGAGCAGGACAGCCACCACCAGCCCAGACUGACCCGGGCCCACAGUGCCUUCUCCCCCGCCUCCCUCUCCGCCUCCCUCUCUGCUUUCACCGGUGAGACUGUUUCUCUGGUGGACGUGGAUAUUUCUCGGCGAGGGGCGAACACGCCACACCCCCCCACGCCGCCCCCUCCUCCACGCCGAAGUCUCAGUCUGCUAGAUGACAUAGCCGGGCCUCAGCCUGGGCCUUUCCUAGUUAUGGGCGCCUCCCUGCAGUCCCUCCCCCUGCCUCUCCCUCCUCCUCCUCCUCCCUCCCACGCCACCAUCCAGCACAGUCUCAGCCUCAAUGACGCCUUCCUCCGGGCCCUCCCUCAUUCAACCCCAUCGCCGGUCGACGCGUUACCCCCGUCCAGACAGGCUCCGCCCCCUAUGCUCUGUGCACUGCGGCGCUCUGAGGCCAGCAACUUCACCGCCAGUCUGAGGGAGCUGGAGAAGUGCGGCUGGUACUGGGGUCCGAUGAACUGGGAGGACGCAGAGAUGAAGCUGAAGGGGAAACCGGACGGAUCCUUCCUGGUCCGAGACAGCUCGGACCCCCGAUACAUCCUGAGCCUCAGCUUCAGGUCGCAGGGAGUCACGCACCACACACGCAUGGAGCACUACAGAGGGACGUUCAGCUUGUGGUGUCACCCCAAGUUUGAGGACCGCUGCCACUCGGUGGUGGAGUUCAUCGAGCGAGCCAUCAUGCACUCCAAGAACGGCAAAUUCCUCUACUUCCUGCGCUCCAGAGUCCCAGGGCUUCCUCCCACUCCAGUCCAGCUGCUCUAUCCCGUGUCUCGCUUCAGCAACGUGAAGUCACUACAACACCUCUGUCGCUUCUGCAUCCGGCAGAUCGUUCGCAUCGACCACAUCCAGGAGCUUCCACUGCCCAGACCUCUCAUCUCCUACUUGAGUAAGUUUUAUUACUACGACCCGGAGGAGGAGAUGUACGUGUCAAUCAAGAGCAUCCCGAGGCUGGUGGGGGCCGCGCAGGAGGCGGAGUCACAGACGUAGCAUCGGAGAUUUCCUCAGCUCAAGUUUCUGUGUGGAGGACUGAUCUGAACUGGUCUUCCAGCAUCAGCCGAUCCCAGUCCCUGAGAAUCCCUGUGUCCGGUUGGACGGGGCCAGAACCGCCUCUCUGUUGAUUUGGACUAAUGAAAGGAGGGACAGUGUUUCCAAACUGAGGUUGUGCCGAGGACUCCGACUCGUCCGCGGAGGGACGGCAGAGACGCUCUCGCCUGCGGACAUGUCGGUGGAAACGAAAGGAAAUUUUUGAACUUGAUUUGCAAAUUUCCCCGAAACCUGCUGAACUGGACUCUGAAAACACAAAUGCACUGGUCAGUUUUUACAACUGUUGUUUGCUGCCGUUUUCUUGUUUUUCCUUCCAUUCUGUCAAGAUGAGUGAUUCUGGAUGAACCGUCGCCCGGAGGAUGGAAACACACACGAGGCAGGGCCGAGCUCGACCAGCGCCGAGCUCGACCAGCGCCGAGCACGCCACAGUCGGCACGGGUCGUAGAGAUGGAGGCGGAGAGAAAUGUGUCAAAAUCAAGUUUCCAUUGUUAGCAAAAAUACUACGACUAGCAAAAUGACAUGACGGAUUAAAUGAAACCAGAACUUUAUUCUGCUUGUGACACCAGCUGACCCUGACAGAUGUGAUGAACUCUUCCUAACUCCUCAACCUGAAGUUCAUUUCUGUUUCUCUAUCGGCUGAUCACUCUGAGUCUCUGUUGAGUUUCACUUGGCUCUGAUCCGACAGCAGCGACUGACGCCUUCCUCCUGCUGAUGGUGUUUCUCAGAAGCUCCAGACGCUGCUGUCAGGAGCGUUUCUCCAACAAUCAAUGAAAUACGCCAAAUUAAAAACCAUUAUUUAUUAAAGUCCACUUAACCCGGGUCUCCUAAACACUAAGGCUUCAUCCACACUUAGAAACACAUCAACCCUGCUACAGAUUCCUCGUGCGUCCACACUGCUCCGGAGUUCUAGAGUGUCACUGGAGAACCAGAACCUCCAAUCCUUAUUCUUUUAAAGAAGUAGUUUGGUUAAAAAUAAUAAUGAUAGAUGGAGGUAUUUAUCCUGACACCACCAGAGGGAGACACUUGAUAUCUGAGGAGUUCUUUCUAAACGUUUAACUCCUCAGUCAACAGGAGACACUAAAAUUCACUUUAUAUAUAAAACUAUGUUUUUAACAGAGCUACAAUGGCUUAGAGCAGAUUUAUCUUUUACAGUGUCACAGCUCAUUGGGACUGAAGGCGGGACGAUGAAGGAGUUUUGUAAAUAAACAUCAAAUCUGUGUUGAGACAUUGGUUUGAAUUUGGAGUCGAUGCAUCGGGAGGUUUUGAGAUUACACCCAGAUGCCUGGUUCCUCCCCUCAUGCCCUGCCUCAUGAAGUGU